UAUCAAAUUAUAAUUGGCACCAGAGCGGGUUUUCGUCUUCAGUACGAAAGAUCCUUGGACGUCUGUUCUCUCAAAUCAUGAAUCAAGAAAGCGGAUCGAUGUCCAGGCCUCCGCAAUUAGACAGUUCGAACUACUCAUAUUGGAAUUGCAACAAGCACCCGAUCAAGACUGAUGCUGAGAAGCUUCAAGAAGAAGCCAACUAUUGUGCCUUAUAUGCGAUCAUGAUGGCAGUUGAUCAGACAAGACGCAAGAUGAUAGUACAUUGCAAUACUGCUAAAGAUGCUUGGAGGGUCUUACAACGUCAAUUUGAAGGUUCAACGACUGUCAAAGCGUGCAGACUACAAUGGGUAACUCUUGAAUUUGAUGAGAUCAAAAUGAGAGAUGAAGAGACAAUUGACGUAUACUAUGCCAGAUUUUGUGAUCUGGUAAACCAAAGCAUGAUGCUUGGAGAAGAAAUCUCUGAAAAACGUCAAGUACAGAAGAUUAUGAGAACCGUUGUUCCCAGGUUUAGAGAGAAAAUCACAGUUCUUGAAAGUUUUCAAAGAGUGGCGUCAUUGGAUGUUGAUGAACAUCUUGGAGAGCUCAGAACUUUUGAAAUCAACAACAAUUAUGACAAAGUGAAGAGUAAAGGCUUAGCUCUCAAAGCUGCUGUAGUCGAGGAAAGAGAAGAAAUCGAUGAUGAUGAAGGUCCGUUGGCAGAUGAUAGUGAGCUGAAGGAAGCACUAGCCUUAAUCGCGCGAAACUAUGGGAAGAUGAGUCAAAGGCUAUACAAGAACAAAUUUGCUGGAAAAAAAGGGGAACAGUUUCAGCAAGAAUGUAGUGCAGGACAAGAAAAGUACUAUGCCACUCUGAAAAUCCGAUUCACAACGAUUCGAGAAGGAUCAAUGCAGGGAGUGUCGAGGCUUUGGACACUUCCAUCUGGCAUUCCAGUGAAGGUCCACCCCAGGAAUCUCCCAAAUAAUCGUACCAAAACGCAUCAAGUGUGGGUUGCUAAGAAAUCCUUCAACUGUUUUGCAUCUGCUCUGUCCCUCAGGACUUCUCUAGAAGGUAAAUGGUAUCUGGACAGCGGCUGCUCUAGACACAUGACUGGUGAACCUUCAUACUUGAUGAACAUUCAAUCUAGUUCAAAUGGGGAAGUCACAUUUGGUGAUGGAGUGAGCAAUAAGGUUAUUGGAACUGGUUGUUUAAAUUUGGGAGGAAUACCUAAACUAACUGAUGU